AGGAUGGGCCAAAGAGCCUUUCUCUGUGCUGUAAAUCUCUCUGAUUCUAUGACACAAGUCAUUGAAAGUUGGCACUUUGGUGCAGUGCUGAUGCAGAAUUGCACAGUCAGAGCUGCUGCCUUUUGGGCCAGACCUUAAAGUGAGGCUUUGUCUGCUCUUUCAGGUGGAAUGGAAAGAGAUUUAUCAAGAAGAACAGGAGAAUUAUUCUGAGUGCUUCUGCCAAAGUUUAUUCCUCAAUCAACACCACACAAAAAAAAUGUCUCUGGCUUAUGUCAGACUGCUGUUUGUGGGAGCACCUUGACAGUUAUGGCUGUACUUCAAAAGUGUCUCAGUAUUUGUAAAGCACUUUGGGAAAUCCUGUGCCUGUGAAAAACACAUACAGUAAAAGUCUUUAAUUUGAGAAUCCAAAUUGUGCUGAAGUAAAUGCAAUUUUAUUUUUUAAAUGCCUCCUUUUUAGUUCUCGGAACAGAUUUUCUUUUGUCCCUUGCCUCUCCUGUAUCUGGCACAAACUGACUAUGAUUCAUGUCUGAAUCUUGACAGUAAGUGUUCUCAGCAUAUUACUCUGUGGGUUAUACCACAACCAAGCCAUGUGUUGUCUCCACCCUAAGUCCAUUUACCUGGUUUUCUGGCUGGUGAUGAUCGUGAGUGGAAAACCUGGCCGUUUUCCUACUUUUAUAGACAGGAAGAUCGAGGCUAGCUAACAUCACAGUUACCGCCCUGUCUGAAAGCAGGCAGCUCAGUACAGACCCAAGAGAAUGAACAUGGGACCUUUAUAUCCUGUAUGUCUCCAUUAUUCACCAAAAAACCUGCUAAAGAAAUUCAUUUCAGUCAGUUCAAAAUGGAAACAGAAGAAAGUGCACAUUCUAUUGUGCAGGUUUAGAGCAGACUUUAUAGCAGUUGACUAAUACUUAUCAGAUUAGAACAUUUUUAAAAAAUAUUAGUGAAAUAAAUUCAGGUUGUUUGGUAAUCAGUUGACCCUUCAUAGGUUGGAGUUCUGAUUAAAAGAUUCAAAACAAUCUCACAAGUUACGUUCUGGUGUUAUCGAAAAUGCUGCUAAUUUAUAAGUUCUGCUUAUUUUCAUUCUAAUGAUUCUGAUAAUCAUUAUAAUUACAAAUGUUAACAAUUUGAUGCCAUAAAUAAAUGAACAUUUUAAAUAAGGCAAUUUUGAGUUAUUUUGAUUACAGGACCUGAGAAUUAUCAAAAUUCUUUGUGUUAAAGACAAUAUCAAAUGAGAGUAGACUGCACAAAGGCUCCAGAAGUCUUUCUCGUGGCAACAUUCAAUCUUCUGUGACUGUGAGCGACGUGCAAAUGAAGUAUUUGGUUUACAGACAAAAACGAUCCUUUUUAUUUCCGAAUGGUGUUAAACUAUGUCCAGAGGAAACAAUUUCACAAGCCAUUGGCAACUAUCUCAAAUAUUAUAAGCUGAGAGUGUGCCAGGAGGCAGUAUGGGAAGCAUUCAAAAUGUUCUGGGACAGACUACCUGCACGCCAUGAACAUGAAGCCUGGAUGAAUGUGUGUGAUCAAGGAAUCAUAAAUAUUUUUGACAUUGGUGUAAAUUUUAGCCAAUCAGACGAAUACCAAGCCUUGAUGAAGGAGAAAUUAUCUCUACAGACAGAAAUAGUGAGCAGUUCAAGUAAUGAAGACUUGUGCAUUCUAGAGACCACCCUAAUCAUGAAUGCAACUUCAACUGAAAGCUCCACACGAGAAGGGCCAGAUGCUGGUGAAGCUUCUGUUGAUAGCACAAUAGUCAGAGCUGAAGAAAGUGAGAUCACUGCCCCCAGUGAUAUUGAACAAGUUACAAAGAAGCUACCAAAUCAAGUAUUGGAAUUUAUCGUUCAGCUUGUCGGAGAGAAUUACACUAAAGCACUCUCUGACCCAGCUACAAUGGAUUAUCAGAAAUUAGCUGAUGAUGUCAAUACCAAGAUGGAGAAUGUUUUUGGAAAAUUUCCAGGAUAUCAGACAAUUAACAUCUUGGAGUUCAGGAAACAUCUCAAUUCAGACAGCAGUAAUAAUGUAGCGGUUCACUACACUGUAACAUUUGAUGGAAAUACACCAGCUUUGCAGAACGAAACACUUAAUUUAGUCGAUGUGAACCUCAACAAAAUAGAAGAUGACCUUUCCUUUGAAGGGGAACAUCAGCUGACAGCUGCCUACACAUUAAUGGAUUUCAAGAAUCUUGUAGUUGAGGUCUUGCAUAAGGAAAAUCUAAUUGGGAAUGCAUCACUGACUUUUAAUCCAGAGACUCUUCAGCUCAUGAAUGAGCGAUCAACCAGUCUUACACUUGGAGGCAUCAAGUUUGACCCAGAAAAUCAAGAAACUGAAUUUGCAGACAAGGAGGAUGGAUCAGAAGAUUCCAUGUUGAGUACUGAAGAGCUAUUACAGUCACAUUCAACAGUUAUUGAUUUGCAGUCUGAUCAAACAACUGGCAAAGGAAUGUCAGAAGCUGAAAACACUCCUGUUAUAUUAACUGACUAUAUAAAUCCCGUGGAACAGCAAAAUGUUUCUAAUGAGAAGAUGCCAAUGAGCACAAUGAAUGUAAUAUUUGUACCAUCUGUUUCAGAUCUAAGCCCACUGAUUGAUAUUGAAAUGAAAGGAACCUCUGAUUUGUCCACAAUACAAAUCACUACAUCAGAUGCAUCUGAUAGUACAACAAAGAGGCUUAGUUUUGAGAGUGGUACAUUUUCCAAUUAUGAAUCCAGGACAGGAUCUGUGGAAGACAUUUUACGGUCCUGGGCGACUGUAGCCCUUCAGCCAGUUUUCCACGAUAAGCUAGAUAAUGAAUCACUGGUCAGCAAUUCCAUUCAAUUCACAAAUAUGCCAAUCUUUGAUGACAUUACUGUAGAUUAUCCGACAAAUGUACCAAGUGUAACUAUUGGGGAUUUGACUGAUGAGCCUCCUGAGAUUCUUGUCGAUACAAUUAUCUCUAAUGAAAUAGAUGUUUCUUUGUUAAAUGAUACAGCUUCAUACAGUGAUAUUGGUGUUGAAAUCAAACCUCACAUUGCAGAGACAGUAAGUAAAAAAGCCCCUGUUGACCAGUUGCCAGAUAGUGAAUUAGAAUUAACAAUACAAACAUCUGAAUUUACAGAUGUCUUUAAUUACUAUUCCAAUGACUCAACCUUAAGGGCUCAACCCUUCACAGAACAUGCAAAAACAUUGGAAUCAAUUGAAGAGUCAUUUGUUGCGGAGCUGCCAGUGACUGAACUAUCCACCAAAAGUCAAACAACAAUGGAUGCCUUUGUCACAGAGCAUCUAGGCACAAAGUCGUCUACCAAAGGAAGUCCAGAAACUUCUUUCAUUAAGGAUCAGUUCACUACGAGAUUGUUUGCCAAGGGGCACAUAAUAACCGAAUUGGACACUGCACAGCAAGAAAUGUUAGAAUUGGUCACCAUGGCGCACACAGUAACAAAAUCUCUCCCCACAGAAGAUAUGGUAAUAGAACAACCCACAGUGGGUCAGUUGAUCCAAGACUCAACCUCAAUAAGGCAGUUUAUCACAGCAUCUUCCAAUAUGCAGCAACUGAUGACAGACUCACUGACGGUGGCAGAUAUCUCUACCUUGCUGCAAGCAACCACAGAAUCAAUCUUAGUGAUGCAGCCCUUUGGAGAUACAUUCUCCAUAAGCCAAUCAAGCUUAGAUUCUUCAAAUGGGGUCCAAUCAAACACAGAAUUGUCUAAUGAUUUACAACCUUUUCCUACAAUAUUAGCUCCACUAGACACUGAAAUCGCUAAUGUUAUUGCUACUGAAUGGAAUAACCCUAUAUUACCUAAUACUGCUGCUUCCACAGUGAUGGGAUCUACUACUCAAUCAAAAGUAGUAGUGCAAGGCUUUGGUGUAUCUAUUUCAGAGCACAAUGUCAAUAAAUCAUCAGCCACUGUUCAAGCAUACAGUAAAUCUAGUAACAGCAUUCAUUCUGAUGAUGAAUCCAUUCAGAGAAUACACAUGACAGUGUUUUCUGAAGUAAAACCUGCCAAUAAGACAUCCAUAGCAAUGGAUAUGGCAACAGAGUACUUCCCAAUAGACCACCAUGAUUCAAUUAUUGAGGAGCACAAUGAAGUACAACCUCCUCAAGAUAUAGCCAAGGAUAAAAUAGAAAUGUUUGAAGUUCAAGAUAUCUCAAAUAAGUUGGAUCCCUCAUACAUACUCCAGCAUCGUGAAGAAUCAGAUAAUGAAGAAAUGGCUAGCAUCUACACAGAAUUGCCAGUUACUGUUCCAACAAGCACCACAGCUAGAGAAAGUCACAGAUCUCGACAGGCACUAGUAGUCUUCUUCAGCCUACGUGUGACGAAUAUGAUUUUCUCAGAUGACUUGUUCAACAAAAGUUCACAUGAAUAUAAAGCACUGGAACAACAAUUCUUGGAAUUACUGGUUCCAUACCUCCAGUCCAACCUGACUGAUUUCAAGCACCUUGAAAUCUUAAACUUCAGAAAUGGUAGCAUUAUUGUUAACAGCCGGAUGAAGUUUGCAAAGCCUGUUCCACAGAAUGUUACCAAUGCAGUUUACCUAAUCCUGGAUGAUUUCUGCAACACAGCAUACCAGACGAUGAACCUUGCGAUUGACAGAUUUUCUCUGGAUGUUGAAUCAGGUAAUGGGGCUGACCCAUGCAAGUUUCAAGCCUGCAAUGAACAUUCUGAAUGCUUGGUGAAUCACUGGACAGGAGAGUCAGAAUGUGUCUGUAAUGCUGGGUAUAUGAGUGUGGAUGACUUACCCUGUCAAAGUAUUUGUGAUAUAGACACAGACUUCUGUCUUAAUGAUGGCAAAUGUGAUAUAAUUCCAGGCCAAGGAGCAAUCUGCAGGUGUCGUGUGGGUGAAAAUUGGUGGUACAGAGGAGAGCAUUGUGAGGAGUAUGUCUCAGAAACUCUUGUGGUGGCCAUUGCUUUUGCUUCAGUGGCUGGGUUCCUUUUGGUAGCUUCUGCUGUGAUCUUCUGCAUAGCCAGAACUCUUCGUGCUCAAUAUGCCAAAAGUGUCCCUCAACAAUCUACAGAACAAAGUAAUAGCCUGGAAUCAGUGGAAAAUGGAACAAAAUAUAAUCCUAUGUAUGAAAGCGAUGCCACAACUAGUUACAGUCACUACAAUAAACGUUAUCCACAACUGGCCUCAUACAGCUCAGGCAGUGCAGAGGCAUCUGCCAACUUCAGCAGUGAUGAAAUCCGACACAUCUAUGAGCACAGUGAACUUAGCAAAGAGGAAAUCCAGGACAGACUACGGAUAAUAGAUCUAUAUGCUAAAGAUCGGCAGUUUGCAGAAUUUGUGAGACAACAUCAGAUAGGUGUAGAUCAUACCAAAACAAAUCCUACAAAUUAAUCUUUCUGAAGAAGUAGAAGACAAUCCUAAAAUGAUUUUUCAAUUCUUCUAUCAAUCGUACCAUCAACAAGAGAGAGACAAACAUGGGUGUUCGGACACUCACAUGCCCAUCGUUACAAUGAAACUUUCAGUAAAAUUGUUAUUCAGUUCUGUCAUUUUAUUAACACCCCGUGCUGGCCUCCUACCUGCCCUCGACCUGUUCACCCUGUGCUGGCCUC